GACGGCAGGGACUAUCCGAUUUCACCCAUCCAAGAGCCACUGUAACCAUAGCGGGACAGCCAUUUCCACAUCUCAUCUACCAAUAUCGUCUGGCCUACAGUGGCUGGCGCUACGGCCAUGUUGUGCGGGGCGGUGAAAGCUAUUCAGCACUGGCAGAGGGGUUACAGUAUGCCCUGCAUAAAUGUGGUGGAACUCCGGCAGAACAUCGCACCGACAGCUUAAGCGCCGCCUAUGUCAAUCAGAGUCAAAAGAAACAACUCACGCAAUCGUACGAUGGUCUUUGCCUGCAUUAUGGCAUGAUCGGGACAACGAACAAUCCCGGACUCGGUCACGAGAAUGGGGCGGUUGAGACCGCACAUGGGUCGUUGAAGCACCGUCUGGAUCAGGCCAUCAAGCUGCGGGGCAGUGCUGACUUUGCCAGCAUUACGGAAUAUCAAGCCCUGAUUGAUCGCUGCAUUGAGCGUCUCAAUCGUUACAGUGUGACGCGCUUUAAGGACGAGCAAAAACAUUUACAGCCGCUGCCGAAGUAUCGCUUCAUGGAUUACUCGGAAAUUUCGGCCAAAGUGACCACCAGCAGCACGAUUGAUGUCAAACGUUGCCUCUACACCGUGCCGUCACGACUCAUUGGUGAAACGUUACGCAUUCACCUCUACCAUGACAAACUGAUCGGGUUUGUCGGGCAAAGCCAGGUGAUUGAAUUAGUCCGGGUCUAUCCCGAGAGGGCAGCGGAAAGAGCCCGACGCAUUGAUUAUCGCCAUGUAAUUCACUCGCUGGCCGCUAAGCCCCAGGCCUUUCGAUUCUCCAAUUUCCGCGAUGAGUUAUUCCCAGACGAUCACUACCGGCAACUGUGGCAAAUUGUUGAUCAAAAACUUCCGGCCAAAGACGCCUGUAAGUGGAUGGUCGCCGUGCUGAGGAUCGCCGCAGACCAUCAGUGCGAGAGGGAAUUGGGACAAACCUUAUUCCAGCAAGCACAAGCCAAUAAGUUGCCGACUCUAAAGAUGCUGCAAGCACAAUAUCUGCACAAGAAGGAUCAGCCAGAGCUGCGCACAAAGCAGCACGAUAUUGCGGGCUAUGAUGAAUUGCUGACCGGCCGCUGGGUUAAACCUCAAACCCAAGGAGGCACGCCAUGCCUCUCAAGUCAGAACCUGGAUAACUAUCAGAAACAGGCGAUUGAGAAGACGUGGAGUUAUUCAGAAUUCCUGAGCAAGCUCUGCGAGCAGGAACUGGCCAGACGCUUUCAAACAAGGACCAGUAAGUGGACUCGAGAAGCUCGGCUCCCUGCAGGUAAAAGCUUUGCAACUCUCGAUUUUACGGAUUUACCCAAAGCCGUUCAACAGCCCAUACUCCAGCUCAAAGAUGACCACCAAUGGGCGCUACAAGCAGGCAACGUACUGCUGAUCGGGCCUUCCGGGGUUGGCAAAUCUCACAUUGCCGCAGCGCUAGGCUAUCACCUGAUUGAGCGCGGCGUUCGCGUCAAAUGGCUCUCCGCCAGCGAACUCGUCCAGCAGCUGCAAAAGGCAAAAAAGAGCUGGAUCUGA